CAAUUCCCGCCAAAGCAAAAUAUAUAUUUGUCGUCAACGCCACUCCACAGUCUACUCUGAGAGUGAAGCAAAAAUUCUCAAAUGAUUUACAGAACCAUAGCAUCCAUAGCUCAAAGAGAUAGAAACUUCUUCAUAAGCUUAAUCAACCAAGCUACAACUCUCUCCCAACUCAAUCAACUCCACGCAAAUCUCAUCCGUAAUGGCCUAAGCAACGAUCUCAUCACAAUCACUAAACUAACUCACAAAUUUUCCGAUUUCAAAUCCAUUUCCAAAGCCAAAAAUCUCUUCACCACCUUCAAUAACACAAACCCACCUGAUCUUUUUCUAUAUAAUGUAUUAAUCAGAGGGUUAUCGCGUAAUGGUUUAGGGGUUGAAGCGUUGUCCCUUUAUCUUGACCUUCUUAAAGGUAAUAAACUUAAACCUGAUAAUUUCACUUUUGCUUUUGUUGUUUCGAGUUUUUCGUCAUCUGGGUGUGAGAAAGUUGGGAUUUUGAUUCAUGGGCAUGUGAUAGUUAGUGGGUUUGGUUCGGAUGUGUUUGUUGGGUCGGCGUUGGUGGAUAUGUAUAUGCGUUUUUCAAGAAUUGGUCAUGCGUAUAAGGUGUUUGAUGGAAUUCCUGAAAGGGAUAGUGUUUUGUGGAAUACAAUGGUUUCAGGGUUGGUGAGGAAUUGUUGUUUUGAGGAGAGUUUACGGGUUUUCGGUGAUAUGGUUGGGAGAGGGACGGGGUUUGAUUCGACUACAUUGGCUGUGGUGCUUACUGCUGUUGCUGAGUUGCAGGAUUUGAGGAAUGGAAUGUUGAUUCAUUGUUUGGCUGUUAAGAUGGGGUAUGAUGUUCAUGAGUAUGUUCUUACUGGUUUGAUUUCGUUGUAUUCGAAAUGUGGGGAUGUCUUAACUGCUAAAUUGUUGUUUGGGAUGAUAAAAGAGCCUGAUUUGAUUUCAUGUAAUGCGAUGAUUGCUGGUUUUUGUUUCAAUGAUGAGAAUGAAUCUUCAGUGAGGUUAUUUAGAGAAUUGCUUGUUCAUGGGGAGAAAGUUAAUUCUAGUACUAUUGUUGGUUUAAUUCCUGUUUCUUGUCCUUUCGGUCAUCUGAACCUUACAUGUUCUAUCCAUGGUUUUUGUGUGAAAACUGGGAUGGUAUUGAAUCCUUCAGCUUCUACUGCUUUGACUACAGUUUAUAGCCGACUCAAUGAAAUGGAAUUGGCACGAAGGCUGUUUGACGAGUCCACAAAGAAAAGCUUAGCUUCGUGGAAUGCCAUGAUAUCAGGUUAUGCCCAAAAUGGGUUAACAGAAAUGGCUAUAUCUCUCUUUAGGGAAAUGCAGAAGUUAGAUAUAAAUCCGAAUCCCAUCACUAUCACGAGUAUACUUUCUGCAUGUGCUCAACUUGGAACAUUAAGUAUGGGAAAAUGGGUCCAUGACUUAAUAAAGAAGGAGAAAUUUGAGUCCAAUAUUUACGUGUUAACUGCUUUAGUUGACAUGUAUGCAAAGUGUGGGAAUAUUGAGGAGGCACGGCAAGUAUUUGAUAGCAUCACGGAGAAAAAUGUGGUUACCUGGAAUGCUAUGAUUUCGGCUUAUGGUCUUCAUGGAUGUGGUCAAGAGGCAUUGGUGUUGUUUGAUCAAAUGCUUCAUUCUGGAGUUUCCCCAACUGGCGUUACUUACCUCUGUGUCUUGUAUGCUUGUAGUCAUGCCGGUUUAGUAGAAGAAGGUCGGAAGAUAUUCCAUUCUAUGAUUCAUGAUCAUGACACUGAACCAUUACCAGAACAUUAUGCCUGCAUGGUGGACCUUUUGGGCCGAGCUGGAAAACUAGAAAAGGCUUUGGAAUUUAUUUACGAGAUGCCUAUUGAACCAGGUCCAGCCGAGUGGGGUGCAUUACUUGGUGCAUGCAUGGUCCACAAAAAUACUGACUUGGCUCGGUUGGCUUCGGAUAAGUUAUUUGCGAUGGACAGAGGAAGUGUCGGAUAUUAUGUUUUACUUUCAAACAUUUAUUCAGCAGACCGCAAUUAUUUUCAAGCUGCUUCAGUUAGGAAAGUUCUUAAGAACAAGAAUCUAGCAAAGACCCCUGGGUGCACUUUGAUUGAGGUCAAUGGUUACCAACAUGUCUUUACAUCGAGCGACCAGUCACAUCCUCAAGCAGCAGCUAUUUACGCAAAGCUGGAGGAGCUGAUGGAGAAGAUGAGGGAGGCUGGAUUUCACACGGAAACCAGCACAGCAUUGCAUGAUGUUGAGGAAGAGGAGAAGGAGUUGAUGGUCAAAGUUCAUAGUGAGAAAUUAGCUAUUGCUUAUGGACUUUUAACUUCUGAACCUAGAACUGAAAUCAGAAUCAUCAAGAACCUAAGGGUUUGUGUGGAUUGCCAUAAUUUCACCAAGUUUGUAUCCAAGGUUACAGACAGGAAUGUUGUUGUAAGAGAUACCAACAGGUUUCAUCAUUUCAAAGAUGGAGAGUGUUCCUGUGGGGAUUACUGGUAAAAUUGUUUUUUCUUGUAAAGGAUGUUUAUUCAGCCUUUUGGAUCAUUAUGGAGGUCAGUGGAGCCAGUGUGUUUUUACAUUGUGCUUAGAUCCACUUCUUAUAGGAACAAGGGCAGCGGGAUAGCUCAAACCACUUACGAAUGGACAAUGUCAAAGAGCCCACCCAGGGGAUACUGAUAUAUCAAUAUGCUUGUGUGCCCUCCAAAUAGCAUGGCGUUGAAAACGGAACUAUGAGUAUGCUAGCAGUUCACUCCACAUCGCUUGACAUCUGGUCCUUUGGUUUUGAGCACAAAUGGAUCAAUUCGAACCCAGAGCAAGGAAAAGA